AACGGUACGUUUGCGUUGAUUGCGAACCGGUAUCUGUAUCACAGUGCAUGUGGACGAGACGGCGCUGCGCCGCUUCUGUGUUUUGUAUUUAAAACUGUUCACCACGGCACAGUAAUGUUAUAUUUAAGCGGGCUAUCAGUGGCUCUCGCCCUCGCCUUGGUGCCGAGCAGCAGUGAUGCUUUAAAGGAGGGAGAAUGUGAAGUAUGUCUUAGCUUUCUGGGCAAGUUUUACCAGUCACUCAAAGACAAUGAUGUGAAGUUCACCAGUGAUGCUAUUGAAAAAGCUUUGCUGAAAACCUGCAAAGAAGCAAAAGGGAAAGAAAAUCGAUUGUGCUACUAUAUAGGAGCGACAAGUGAUGCAGCCACAAAAAUCAUCAAUGAAGUCUCCAAACCCUUGAGCUAUCAUGUACCGGUGGAGAAGGUGUGUGAAAAGCUGAAGAAGAAGGACAGUCAGAUCUGUGAACUGAAAUACGAUAAACAAGUUGACUUGAGCACCGUCGACCUAAAGAAACUGAAGGUGAAGGACCUGAAGAAGAUCCUGGACGAGUGGGGCGAGUCUUGUAAAGGCUGCGUGGAGAAAUCGGACUUCAUCCGCAAGAUCACUGAACUCAUGCCUAAGUAUGCGCCAAAUGCAGCCAAGGCACGGACAGAACUGUAAACACUCUCGCGGAAUUUCGGGACGGAGGGAGUGGCUAUAAAGGCGUUGUGGGUGGGUGAUUUGCGCUGUGCAGCUGAUUGACCACCUAAUGGGGACCCAAGUCUUGUUUGUCUUAUUGCCCUUUAAUCUAAUGGUUAACAUGAAGUCUGAGAGUGCAGCCAUUCUUUCAUUCUUCUCUUACAUUCCGUUUCUCCUUUCUUUUUUUUUUUUGAGAGUUUAAAGUGAUGCUGUGUUUCAGCCCAAACGACUGUAGUAUCAGUUUGCCCCAAAUAAACCAAACAUACUGUCUCUCA